UUAUAUUAGUGCAGAACACUGUACCUUUAAUUUAAAUGCCCUUGGAGUCUGCUGGGGAAGAGAAAUAAUACUGUCAGUCAGUAUGACAUGCAGAUGAGUGCCGUCGAUCUUAGAAUCACCGCACACUUCACUCAUUUGGGCAGUCACGGGGCCAAAACCAGAGUGUGGAGCCCACAGUGUGGCGGUGGAGGCAGCAGCAAUGGGAGGCCAUACAGCACCCUAUGACAAAAUGGAACCCACCAGCAGUGUGAGGAGACCUGAAAGUGGCACAUGGCAGAGUGUGGCGAUGGAGACAGCAGCCAUGGGAGGCCGUACAGGGACCCAU